UCUGACCUUUACGGGUUUUCGCACAUACCAUUUAUUUCUCUUUCUCUAAAGCUCGUCCUUUCCCUUUUCUCUGCGAAAUUAGGGUUUGAAAUGUGGAGGGAGAAUGGAGGCCUCUGAAUCAACCUGCGUCCCAAAUCCCAACAACGAAAACUCGGAAUUAGAGUUUCAGACUUCAAAUUCCCCUAAUUCCGAUCUCGAUCAUGCACCCUCUGAUGAUCCCAACCGUACGGCAGAGGAUCACACCGUGGCCCUCCACGAAGAGCUUCAGAAACUGGAUUUGAAAGAGGAAUCGGAAACUGUAUCGAAGGAAGAGGCUGAGAAAGAUGGGAACUGGGAUUUGAAAGAGGUUGAACAAGAACAAUGGGUUGAGAAAGAGAAGGGGGAUUCGAAUUGGGAAGAAGAGAAGGGCGGCGAGAGCGGAUGGGACGAUUGGAAUGUGAAUGUGAAUGGGAAUGAGAUUGAGAUUGAGAAGGUGGUGGUGGAGGAGGUUCUUACAAUCCCAGGUGUCCCGGAUGUGGAGGUGGAGGAAAGUGGUGAGAGAAAUGAUAAUGGUAAUGCCAAUGCCAAUGCCAAUGCCAAGAGGCAUCAGUAUCAGUACCCAGUGCGGCCUGAGGCCGAAGAUUGUGCCUUUUAUCUCAAGACUGGGACGUGCAAGUUUGCAUCCAAUUGCAAAUUCAAUCACCCUGUUAGAAGGAAAAACCAGGCUGUCAAGGAGAAGGUGAAGGAAAGGGAAGAUUCCACAGAGAGGCCAGGCCAGACAGAGUGCAAGUAUCACUUGAGGUCAGGGGGGUGUAAGUACGGAAAAGAUUGUAGAUACAAUCACACAAGAGGCAAAACUUCAGGAACCACAAUUCUAGAGCUUAACUUUUUGGGCUUGCCAAUCCGACUGGGAGAGAAAGAGUGCCCCUAUUACAUGCGUACUGGCUCCUGCAAGUAUGGAGCAAACUGCAGGUUUAAUCAUCCCGACCCUACAGUUGUGGGAGGGAGUGACACCCCUUCAGGAUAUGGUAAUGGUGGAUCUGCUCCAUUAGGUGCUUCCCCAUCAUCUAUUGCAUCUUGGUCUUCGCAUACAUUGAAUGAAACUGCUCCCUUUGUGCCAAUGGUGCUCCCACCUGCAUCUGUGGUUCCUCCCCAUAAUCGGGAUUGGAAUGGGUAUCAGGUUCCUGUAUAUCCAUCAGAAAGGAGUAUGCAUCCGCCUGCCCCAUUUGUCAUGAACCCAGCAGCAACUGAAACCAAUGUCUUUACACAUCAUCAUCAGCAGGUUCAGGUAGAUGAAUAUCCAGAACGACCUGGCCAACCUGAGUGCAGUUAUUACUUAAAAACUGGGGAUUGUAAGUUUAAAUCUAAUUGCAAAUAUCACCACCCCAAGGAUCGGGCAGCGAGGUCACCCCCAUGUGCUCUCAGCGACAAGGGCCUUCCUCUGAGACCUGAUCAGAGUAUCUGUUCACAUUACAGUCGCUAUGGCAUUUGCAAGUAUGGGCCAGCUUGUAGAUUUAACCAUCCUAUACUCCCAGCUUCUUUGCCCAUGCCUGGAGUUGAUCAGCUUCCUUCCUAUGGCAACUCUGCAACUACAGAUGAAGCUGGAGUGGCUGGGAGUGGAGGUGAUGCCACUUUUCAGCAGCCUCUGUAAAUUUUUUUUCUUCUUUUUUUUUUUUGCAUCUGAGGCCCUAGCUUUUAGGAUUCACAGGACCAAGGAUUUGUAAUUUUAUAUUUUAUAUGACAAACAGAGAGUAGGGGGGUAUUUUUGAAAGGGGCUGAGCAGGCCUGAUACCUGCAAUGCCAAAAAUGCCCUCGGAGCUCUUUUGAUCUAUCAAAAUGCCAUUUUCUAUUUA